AUGGAGCGCGCCGCCGGGGAGGCGGGCGCCCACACGCCGGCGGCGAGAGGGGGAGCGGCAGCGCCAGCGGGAGCGGGGGCAGGGGAUGGGGGAGGGAUGGUGAAGGGGAGGUCCUGCAAGGGCUGCCUCUACUACUCGUCGGCGCUCAGGUCGCGAGCGCGCGGGCCCGUCUGCGUCGGCGUCACCCGCGCCAUUCCCCAAGUUUCUGAGCGUAUGGUUGGAGAACUUGAACUGGAAGCUAUCCAAGAAGGUCGCUAUCUUGCAGAUUUCAGACAUGCAUGUGUUGGCUAUUCAAUGAUUCACAUUGUUUCUGUUCUCAAAACUUCUACUCAUCUUUAUAAUUCCACAGCUCCAAAACCACGUCAUUACAAACCAGGGCAACCAGGGCAUGCGGGAGAUGAUUUCUUAACUAAAUUUCAGAGGAAUGCAGGACUUGUGGCAAAUGGUGUGGCUAAGAACCUGAAUAAAGUUGGGACCUACAUCAAAGACACCGUCGGUGAUAUGAUGCAGCCUUACCGCAAGCGUCCCAAAUAA